UAUGCUGACGUUUUACUAUUGCUAAUUAUAUGUGUAUUUAUUCCGAAAUUCAACUUCGAUUCUUCAUUUUUUUUCCUUGAAAUUGGGGGGGAAUGGAGUAUGUGGGGAGAAGGGUGAAGAAGGAGUUCCUAGGGCACCGGACGCUCUUCGGUGUGGUUCAAUCGUACGAGCAGGCGACUAGGUUUUUUAAGAUCGUGUACGACGACGGUGAUUCCGAGGAAUUGGAUUUUUUGGCCGUCUCUUCGCUGUUGGUGUCCACUGAGCCUCCGCCGCCACCGGAGCCGCCUGCCAGGAAACGGGGGCGUAAGCCGAAGAAGCGACCCCGCAUUGGUAAUAAAGGUAAUUGUAAUGAUGAUUCAGCUGUUGAGAGUGGGGUUUGUGAUAAUUCUGUAGUUAGGGAAGGGGAUUCGGGGGAGUUUGACUUGAAUUUGAAUGAUGGACUGGAUUUGAACGAUGCUGCUGCGGUGAAUCAUUUUGGUGAUGAUGAUCAUGGGGUCAAUGGUGUUGGGGAUGGGGCGACGCUGAACGGGUUGGAUUUGAAUGAGGGGGUGAAUUUAGAAUUGGAUGAGGGAUCGCGUCUGGAUAUGGAUAAAGAAGUUACUGAUCGAGUAAAGAAAGAAAUGAUUGACUUGAACUUGGAUGCAAGUGAGGAUCCUGAGAAUUUGAGUGGUGCAAGAGAAGAGGGAAAGUUUGACUUGAAUUUACAGUUAAUGGAGGAUGAGGCUAGGACUUCGGAAGUUUGUGAGGGGAAAUAUGAAACAAAUGGAACGGUUCGUGAGGGGAAAUUUGAAGCAAAUUUGGAGGUGGAUGAUAGUAAGGGAGUUCCAAUGGAUGUGGUUGGGGACCAGGGAAAUUUUAUAGAAAAUAUUCAGAAGAGUGAAGAUGCCUCAUUGAAGAAUUGUGCUACUGAGGUUGACAAUGAAAAUUUUACUCCAGUAAGUCAUCAGAGGAAGACAAGGGGUAGAAAGAGAAAGGAUGCACCAAAUAACAACGUUGUGUUGGCUGCACCCGAGUCUCCAAAGGAGGAUUCUAGAACUGAGAAUGUGAAACUAGAGUUGGAAAGUAAAGACGAAACCCCGCUAAAAGACGGUAAUGUUUCAGUUGAUUAUGAUAACGGAAUUUCAGAAACUGCAGUGAGAGGGAGAAGAGGUAGGAAGAGAAAAGAGGUACUAAAUAAUGAUAUUACCUUGCCCACGCCAGAGACAGGAUUGAGAAGAAGCAGCCGUAGAGCAAAAAGAGCUGAAUUUUCUGAUCUAGAUCAAGCUUUUGACUUGUCAGGGUUGGAUGGCAUUAAUCAUCAGUUGUCAUCUCCAUCAAUUAGCGCCAUAUCUGAUGAAAAGAUUGUGAAGCCGGCUCGUAGAAAAUCCGUGAAUCAUGAUUUCCUUCCGCCAAAAGUGGAGUUGCCCCCUUCUUCUUGCAACCUGGAUUUAGCGGGAGUUUCGGUGUUUGAUUUUGUUUCUGUUUAUGCGUUUUUGAGGUCAUUUAGUACUUUGUUGCUUUUAAGCCCCUUCGAACUGGAUGAUUUUGUGGCAUCUGUUAAAUGUAAUGACUCGACAACAUUGUUCGACUACAUUCAUGUUUCCCUUCUAAGACCACUACGAAAGCAUUUGGAGUCUCUUUCUGAAGAAGGUUCUGUGUCUGCAUCUGAUUGCCUCAGGUCUCUUAAUUGGGAUCUUCUCGACCUGAUCACAUGGCCAAUGUUUGUGGUUGAGUAUCUGUUAUUGCACAGUCCUGGGAAUAUCCCUGGUUUAGAUCUUUGUCAAUUGAAGUUGUUUCAGAACGACUUCUAUAAAAUGCCAGCUUCAGCGAAAGUUGAGAUACUGCGGCAUCUUUGUGAUGAUGUAAUGGAAGUGGAAGCGUUCAGGUCAGAGCUAAACAGAAGGAUGUUAGUAACCGAUCGCCACACAGAUUUGGAGCGUAAUGCAAAAGUAGACAGCUCCAGAAAAAGAAAGGUUGCAAUAGAUGUUGCUAGUGAUUCAUGCAUUAAAGAAGAGAAUGACGAGGAAUCUGCAGAUUGGAAUAGUGAUGAAUGCUGUCUCUGUAAGAUGGACGGAAAUUUAAUAUGCUGCGACGGCUGCCCAGCAGCAUUCCAUUCAAGGUGUGUUGGGGUUAUCAGCAGCCUGUUGCCUGAGGGUGAUUGGUACUGUCCUGAGUGUGCGAUCGAGAAGGAUAAGCCUUGGAUGAAAGUGGGAAAGUCAAUUCGAGGGGCAGAACUGUUGGGGACUGAUCCUUAUGGACGGCUAUUUUAUAUCAGCUGUGGUUACCUGUUGGUGUUAGAGUCAUGCAGCAACGAGUACUCAUUUUGUUCCUACGAUAGAAAUGACUUACCUACCCUAAUUGAAGCACUGGCGUCAUCACCAUUUAUAUAUGAGACGAUAAUAAAUGCUGUCUGUAAGAAUUGGAAUAUAGUUCGUGGGACCGAUAAUAAUUUGGUCACUCGUUCCUGCUCGGUACAGUCAGGUUUUCCUGACAAAAGGCAACUGCCCAUGCCCAAUAUUCAUCCGACAUCAUCAGAGACUCUUAACAAGGACGAUGUUUUUGCUGAAAAAAGGUCUGACGAGAAGUCUAUGGUGACUAUCAAUUCCUGUAAUACAGAACUUGAAAAUUUAGAUCACGCUGCUGCAGUGUUGGAGGCUGGCGAUCAUGGAAUGAAGAUGGAAAAUCAUUUGGCAAGUUCUGAAGGAUCGGGUGAAGUCUCUCAGACGUUCAUAAAGACUGGUACCUUAAAGGAAAGUGAUCCAGAUUUGUCGAAAAGAUGCCCGGAGAAUCCUUAUGAAUCUCAUAUUCCAGGGAAUCUUGUGAGUGCUGAGAAAGGGAAGGAUCUGAAUUUGGAAAAUCAUAGCUAUGCGCCAUACACCACAAAAUCUACUGGAAUUUUGCCUCAAGUGCAUUGUGGAAUGAAUUAUGUCAACUGUUAUGAUUCUGCUCGACCAGCAUCGUCAUUUUAUGAAGAAUGGAAUGGUAAAUCAUCAGAUAAGACCUCUGAAAAUGCCCCAAUAUCUGUUGAACAAUUUGUAGGACGACAGCUGAAGGUUGUAUUAGAUAGGUUUGCUCAUUUUUCUUGGUCAAAUAUUCAAAUUUCAAAUAUAAACUCAAGGAAAGAGGGAUGUGGGUGGUGCUUCUACUGUAGAGUUCCUGAAGAGGACAAGGACUGCCUUUUCAUUAUGAAUGAUAGUAUUCCAGCUGUACAAAACUUUACGUCAGACAUUUUAGGAAUUCAGUCAAGAAAACACAGGAAGAACCAUCUUAUUGAUGUCAUGUGCCAUAUUAUAUGUAUCGAAGAUCAUCUACAGGGUCUUCUGCUGGGCCCAUGGUUAAAUCCACAUUAUUCCAUGCUUUGGCGUAAAGCUGUUCUUGGGGUGGACGACAUUGCUCCAUUGAAAAAUUUGCUGCUCAAGCUAGAGUCGAAUUUGCAUCAGCUAGCACUUUCUGCUGACUGGCAAAAGCAUGUGGAUUUUGUUGCUACAAUGGGAUCUGCUUCUCAUAUUGUCAGCAGUUCUGCACGAGUGUCUUCAAAACAUGGAAUUGGCAGGAAAAGUAUCAAGAAUUCUGAUGUGGAGAGGACCCCAUCUUCAAAUGCUGCAAAAGGGCUGAGCCUAUUCUGGUGGAGGGGUGGAACGAGUUCGCGUAAGCUCUUCAAUUGGAAAAGUUUGCCUCGCUCUUUGGCAUCUAAGGCGGCUCGACAAGGUGGAUGUAAGAAGAUACCAACCAUACUAUACCCUGACAAUGGAGACUAUGCCAAACGAACCAAAUAUGUUGCCUGGAGAGCUGCGGUUGAGUCAUCAACAAGCGUGGAUCAGCUUGCUCUCCAGGUUAGGGAGCUUGAUGCCAAUAUUAAAUGGGACGAUAUUGGGAAUAACAACCUUCUCUCGAAGAUCGACAAGGACUCAAAAAAGCCUGCAAGGUCAUUUAAAAAGGUUGUAAUCCGCAGGAAGUGUUCUGAGGGAGCAGUGGUCAGGUAUCUUCUGGAUUUUGGCAAAAGAAGAUUUAUCCCUGACGUUGUUCUUAAACAUGGGUCCAUACUUGAAGAUUCCUCUAGCGCAAAGAAGAGAUAUUGGCUAGAGGAGUCUUAUGUUCCAUUGCAUCUCUUGAAAGCUUUUGAAGAGAAAAAAAUUGCUCGUAAAUCCAAUCAGAUGAAGUCUGGAAAUCUUUGUGAGAGCAGUGGGAAAUUGAGAAAGCCCUUCAAGGAUAAAGGAUUUCAAUAUCUUUUCGCAAGAGCGGAAAGGUUAGAAAAUUAUCAGUGUGGGCAUUGCAAGAAAGAUGUUCUAAUCAGGGAAGCAGUCAGUUGCCAGCAUUGCAAAGGCUUUUUCCAUAAAAGACAUAUUCGGAAAUCUGCUGGAUCCGUAACCACUGAGUGUACGUAUACUUGCCAUAAAUGCCAGAGUGGGAAGCUUGUGAAAGUUGAUACAAGGGAGGGGAUAUCCGAGUCCUCAAAACUUAAGAAGUCAUUCCACUCAAGGAAAGGGAAAAAAAAGGGGAAAGAGAAGCCAAAAGUGAACCCUAAAGGUAGAAAAGGAGUUCCUCUGGUUGUACCUUUGCGACGUUCUGCUAGAAAUGCUGCACGCGUUACAAAGCUAGCUUUGAAGAAUACCAAGGUAAAGAAACGCAAGAGGGGGAGAAAAGCUAAAGCAGAAAAGGUCAUACCUAAGAAGUCUAAAAAUAAGAGUUUGAAGAAUAAGAGGACACCUGUUAAUAGCAGUUACUGGUUGAAUGGUCUACAAUUUUCAAGAAGACCAAAUGAUGAAAGGUUGGCGCAUUUCAGGAAUCGAAUGCUUCUUGUGCUUUCUGGAGAGGUGACUUCCUUCCAGGACAAACCAAAAUGCAGUCUCUGCAGCGAAGUGGAACACAAAUCUGUGCUGAAUUAUGUGUCUUGUGAAAUUUGUGGAGUUUGGUUUCAUGGAGAUGCUUUGAAUCUUGGAGCUGGUGAAAUUGGAAACCUUAUUGGCUUCAAGUGCUACACAUGUCUCAAUAAGAAGCCUCCUGUAUGUCCUCAUCAUUGUUCAACUGGAAGCAACAAGGCUGAUCUGGUUUUAGAAAAUAACACCAAUACCGAAUGCGUCGUUGAAAAUUCUAAUAAAGAAUCAAACGAUUUAUUUCUUACUGUUAAUAUGGAGAAGCAGUCAUCAGAAUCCAUUUCUGCGUCAGACCAGAAAGAUAAAGAGUUCCCAUCAUCCGAGAAUAUUUUACUGCCGAAUGAUUUCGUUGACAAAAAAGGAGAGGCGUUAAAUGCUGUGGAAACCGAAGCUACCAUUCACAAUUCUGAUAUGGUCAAGAAAGACGAAUGUUUACCCUUAACACAAAACCUUGUGGAAGAUGGUUUGACAAACAAUGGACCGGAACUGGAAUCUGUAGCAGAUACAGCUCUCUCCGAUUCAACUGAAUUGUCUCCACAAACAGUUGUCGGUGUCAGGUGAUGUGCUGUGUGGUGGGAGUAGAAAACAUAGAUUAGAUUUGUUCGCUUAUUUUUCAGUUUACAAGGUAUUGUCUAACUACAGAUGUCCGAAACCUAUGUUAUGGAACCUGAAAUAUUAACUGAAAAUCAAAGUUCAUUGUGCUGAUUUUCAUGAAAUUAGAGCAGAUAGAAAAUAAUCUACUGCUGCUUUUUUCUUCACUAAUGAUAUAUCCUCCAGUUAUUUUA